AUGGAUUUAGCCGAAAAGGAUGAUGUAGGAGUAACAGGAAUGCUUGCACCUGGUAACCGAGCUUUUUUCGACAUGACAGUUCCAGAGACACCUGCAAGAAUUGUUCUUGAGAGUGGGAAUUCAGAACAAAUGUUGAGACGCAUGGAGCAGGCUGAGGCUAUUAAAGAGAAGCCAGAAUUCCAAUUCUUCCAGAUAAAGGAUGAGCUAGAGAAAACGCGGGUCAAGCAAUACAAAACACCAGCGGGAACUCGAAAUAACGCGGCUUUGCGGAAACCCAUUAACUUCUCGGCAAUAAGCAAACAGAACUUGACUUCAUAA